AUGGAGAUCGACAUGCACACCCCCGACGCCCUCAUAGGGUUGGCGUUCGGCAUCCCCACGUCCGCCGGUGACGACGUCGGCCAGGAGAACGGCCACCGCUGGGACCCCAUGGAUUGCGACGAGGCGCCGCUGCCCGCGCGGACGGCACUGAGGAUGGACUGCGACUUCUCCUACCUGCCGGACCACGACGAAGACGCCCACUUCUGCCACGCCAGGGCCGGCGUCGUCGGUGUCGCGGACAGGGUCGGGGGAUGCCGCGGCGACGGCGUGGACGCCGCCGAGUUCUCGCGCGGGCUCAUGGCCAACGCCUACAACGCGGUGACUGCAGCUGCAGGGUCCUCCUCCGGCGUCUGCCCUUACACGCUGCUGGAGAUGGCGUACCAGAAGACGGUCGCGUGGGCCUACGUCGGCGACAGCGCCUUCGCCGUGUUCCGCCGCGGCAGGCUCCUGCUCCGCGCGCUCCCGCAGCAGCACUACUUCAACUGCCCGUUCCAGCUCAGCGCGGUCGGCGGCGACAGGGUGAAGGACGCGGCGGUGGGCGAGUUCCCAGUGGAGGAAGGCGACGUUGUGGUGGCUGGGACGGACGGCCUCUUCGACAACGUGUUCGACGCGGCGCUCGAGGGGAUCGUACAGAGGUGCACGGCUUUGAGUCUCACGCCAGGCAAGAUGGCACAAGCGGUAGGAAGACUUGCCUACGACAUGGCUAGGAGCAGUAGGGAGUCGCCCUUCAGUGCCGCCAGCCGGGAACAACAAGGUACCAACUUCACCGGCGGCAAAAUGGACAAUAUUACUGUCAUCGUCGCCUUCAUUGUAUCGUAG